AUGACCCCGCCGCUAUCGACUCUAGCACGUCCAUCAUCGUCGGCAUCGCCCAUGCAGAUAAAUGAAGGACGCACUCAGCCUCUCCCAUCAACAUCAACAGCAACCACCAAUCCGACCACAACCACAACCACAACAGACCCAGCAUCAACAACAACAACAUCCAUACCAGCAGCACCACAUCUCAAUCCUCGAAGCUGCACAACCUGCCGACGCCGCAAAGUGCGCUGCAACAAACACGACCCAUGCGCCAACUGCGUGAAAGCUGGCGUCGAAUGCAUCUUCCCAGGCCCUGGUCGCGCGCCGCGAAAAUCGCGUAAACCGCCCGACGCCGAGUUGCUGUCUCGCCUGAGGAGGCUGGAGGGCGUGGUCAACAAUCUCGGCGCGGGGGCUGGCAUUGAUGGCGACGCUGGGUUGGCGGGGUUAAUGAGCUCGAAGGACGUUAGGGCCAGGUUUGGUGAACAGCAGUCUCGUGCCGCUAGUGGUGAGUCGCCUGUCAGCGAUCGUGACGAGUCGAGGAGGCAUUCCGGGUCCGUGGAGAAGCAGCUGGGUCGGUUGGUCAUUAGUGACGAUCGCAGUCGGAUCGAGACGGUCACUGACGACUUGACUUAUCAGAUCACGGAAAUGCGCGACUUGCUUGAGACUUCUGGAAGUGAGGAUGAAGAAGACUUGACAUUGUCGCCGGAGCCGGAUCCAGCCAGUCAUCAGGCUUUCAUCUUUGGCUAUUCGUCGACGAAGGUGAAUUUGCGAUCGUUGCAUCCCACGCCGAGUCAGACGUUUAUUCUCUGGGAGGUUUUCAAAGAAAACGUCGAUCCGGUCGUGCGGAUACUCCAUCGACCGACGGCGCGGAUGAUUCUCAUGAAUGCCGCUAGCAACCUGGAUCGUGUGUCGAAGCCGGCCGAGGCGUUGUUGUUCUCGAUUUAUUUCGGCGCCGUGGUCAGCCUCACCGACGAUCAAUGUCUACAGCUACUGGACGAGCCCAAGGAUCUGUUAUUAAAGAAGUAUCGAUUCGCCACGGAGCAAGCACUCGCUCGUGCAAACUUCUUGAACAGCAAUAGUUUGAUAUGUCUGCAGGCAUUUUGCUUUUUCCUCGUCUUUGUUCGGCACUGUGAUGACUCGAGGGUGAUCUGGUCGCUUGGUGGGUUGGUCAUUCAUCUGGCACAGGCCCUUGGGAUACAUCGUGACGGAAGCAAUUUUGACCUGAACCCGUUCGACACUGAGAUGAGGAGGCGGCUGUGGUGGCACAUCUCGCUCUUGGACAGUCGAUCGGCCGAGGACCAUGGGACCGAUCCCACUUUCACGGAGCAAUUCUACGACACCAAGAUUCCGUCAAACGUGAACGAUGAAGACAUUUACCCGGGAAUGAAGGAGUGGCCCAAGGAGAGGGUUGGGGCCACAGAAAUGACUUUCUGUCUGAUCAGAUUCGAGUUGGGCAAAUUUGCGCGCGAGAAUUUCUUCGGUCAACCGAGUUGGCCGGGGAGAGGUCCGGAUUUGACGCUGGAGGAGAAAGAGAAAUUGAUCGACGAUUGCCAUCGCGAAUUGGAGGAGAAGUAUCUUCGUCAUUGCGACAUGAGCAUUCCGAUAUAUUGGGUGACGGCGACGGUGGCGAGGCUCAUUCUGGCCAAAAUCUGGCUGACACUCCAUCAUCCUCGAUCAUUUAUUGCAAACUCUCAACGUUCGGCGUUGUCGCCUGCGACACGGGAACGAUUGUUCAUCACGUCGGUCGAGGUUAUUGAAUUUUCACACUUGCUCAUCAGCAAUGAGAACACGGCCAAGUGGGGUUGGUUGUUUCAAACAUAUAUGCAAUGGCAGUCGGUAGCAUUUGCACUGUCGGAAUUGUGCGUGCGACCGCCCGGUCCUGAUGUCGACCGAGCGUGGUUAGCGGUCGAGUCAGUCUAUGAUGAGAAGAAAGAGAAGCCACAUCGGUUGCAACGCGGAAUGCUGUGGAAACCGUUGAGGCAACUGAUGACCAAAGCGAGGGCGAAGCGGACCGAGCAACUGGUAAAGCUGGCCCGUCCCAAGGAUGCCUUGUUCACCGAUCUCUCGUCUGCGACACCCAUGGAAAGGUUCAUGCAUGAUUACCCGGAGAAUGCGAUCACUACGACAUUGGAAGCUUUUGGCAUGGACCUGGACGUCCAGCCAUACUUUGAUGGCUCGAUUGAUCCGACACAGCGACAGACGGGUACGGAUAGUAUACUACCUGUCAAUGUGACUGCUGGAACCAAUGUCGACAACGUUCUUCCGGCUGCAUAUACCAGCGCAGAUGCUGGUAUGAGAAGUGUUACAGGAGUAUCAGCGAUGGAGCAGAACGCGUCACCCGCCACGGGAACAGGCGAUUCUGGAUCGCUACCGAAUAGCGACUUGUUGAAUUAUGGUUGGUCGUCGUCACUGGCCGACACUAUUGGACCUCAGUCGUUUCAGAAAUAUUUUAUGAACAUGCAGGAGGAAUGGUUUUAG